AUGACUUCGCAUACCAAAAUAACGGAUCCAAGCAUAUACACCAGAUUACCCAGCCUAGCAGCAAUGUAUGAUUAUUUCACCACAGAUGAUCCACACAUGCUUCAUCCAGAUAUCCGUGUACCCACAGCGGUACUCGUAGCCUAUCUAGCCUUAAUGGUACUCUGCGUCCUGAGUUUAGCAAUCCCACUGCCAUCGCGUCAGCUCAAGAUUAUAAAUCGCGGCCUAAUGCUACCCGCAAUCCUUUCCAUAUCAGCGUACAUCUACCAAAAGUGUCUCUACUUAGACACAGCCGGAAACAGAUUCUCUCCCUUUAACGCUACUGCAGGCUUCACCUUGCGUGCGAUCGACACACUCCUAUUUUCAGGCGACCCACACAAGACAUUCUUUCGUAUAGACAAGCCCCACCCGCCCCGCACACUGCGCGAGGGGCUAGCAUACUCUUUUUCCUUCUGGUUCACCUUCAGGGGCAUCAAGUGGAAUUGGAAAUCGCGCAAGACGCCUACUUGGAGUGAGAAUAACAUUCCCACCCGCACGCAAUUUAUACGCAUGCACUUGCACAAUUUGGCUUGGCGCUACGUCUUCAUGGACGCGCUGGAGACGUUUCUUCGCAAGACCGGUUUCCUAGCAUACCCGCCCCUGCUGAUGAAUGACUUGUCUUUGUUAUCGCCACUGAGAAAUGCAGCUGGUUUGGCACACGGUGUCCUUCUGUGGCAGGUCAUUGAUAUGACUUACUCACUCUUUGUCAUCCCUUGCGUCCUUCUUCGCAUCAGUCAUGUCGACGAAUGUCCCCCUCAGUUUGGUCGCUUAGCAGACGCUACGACUCUAGCUGCCUACUGGGCAACCCUAUGGCAUAGCAAUUGGAAAAAGCCUUUCGUUGGUGUGUCAUUAGGUGUUACUAGAUUCUUCAAGUUACCCGCCAUGUUCGGGGUUUUUGGUACUUUCAUUAUUAGCGGUAUUUUUCAUUCUCUUAUUGCCUUAGCUGCGCAUGGAGGUGAUAUACGAAGUUGGUCAGGCGCUGGUGCGAUGCUCUCAUUCGCCGUUCAACCUAUUGGACUCAUUGUAGAGAGGUGUUUCAUGUCUCACAUUCUUCCACUCCUUCCAAUUUCUGUCAGGAGAUCCAAAUUAUUCAAGUCGUUAUCUUAUCUUUGGGUCACACUCUGGCUGUCCACCACAGCUAGUUUCGCAUUCGACGAAGUCAACCAAGCCGGUUUAAUGGCGAAACCACUUCUACCCUUCUCGCCUGUGCGAUACAUCCUCGAUCAGAUAUAUGCUUAA